AUGACAAAAAAACCAGGAAACAAAAAGCCCAACUUUCUUGUCAUUGUUGCCGAUGACUUAGGGUUUACCGAUAUAGGAAGCUUUGGUGGAGAAAUAGAGACCCCAAAUCUUGAUUCCCUCACCAAGGAUGGUUUCCGGUUUACUGGGUUUCAUACAGCAGCAGCCUGCUCUCCGACAAGAUCAAUGCUUUUAAGCGGAACAGAUAAUCAUUUAGCCGGGCUUGGUCAAAUGGCGGAGUUCAAUCGGAGGUAUCCAGAUAUGUUUAAAGGGAAGCCUGGAUACGAAGGAUAUCUCAAUUCACGUGUUGCUGCACUUCCAGAGAUCCUCCAUCCAGAGUUCUACACUUUAAUUUCGGGGAAAUGGCAUUUGGGAUUAGAGAAGCCAUAUUGGCCAAGUGAUCGAGGUUUUGAGAAAAGCUUUACAUUACUUCCUGGUGCUGGUAAUCAUUUUAAAUGUCAGCUAGAUAGCGAGCUGGUGCUUCCUUGGAUAUACCAAGAAAAUGGUGAACGUAUAGAUCACCACAAUUUUCCCGACGACUUCUACUCGACGAAGUACUUUACUGACAAGUUUCUGCAGUACCUUAGAGACGAAGAAGCGAGGGAUGGUCGUCCAUUUUUUGGUGCCCUCACAUACACGGCCCCACAUUGGCCGCUUCAAGCUCCUUCGGAGACAAUUGAAAAGUAUAAGGGGAAAUAUGAUGGCGGUCCACUGGCAUUAAGAAAGCAAAGACUGGCAAGGGCAAAAGAAUUGGGUGUUGUUCCUCCGGGAGCAGUGGCACAUUUAGUCGAAACUAAGAAUGACAAGACCUGGGAUGAGCUCAAUGACGAUGAAAAAGCUUAUAGUAGUAAAACAAUGGAAAUCUACGCUGCUAUGGUCGAUGAGCUGGAUAAAAACAUUGGAAGAGUCAUCGAGCACUUGAAGGAAACUGGGGAGUAUGAAAACACAGUAAUUUUCUUCAUGUCAGACAAUGGCGCCGAAGGAAUGAUGAUGGAAGCUUUGCCCUUUGGAGGGAAAACUUUCAAGGAAGUUAUGACCAAAGGCUAUAACAAUGAUUUUGAUAACAUUGGAAAAUCCAAUAGUUUCGUGUACUAUGGUGAUUUAUGGGCUCAGGCUGCGACAGCUCCAAAUUACAUGUAUAAAAUGUGGGCCACAGAAGGCGGAAUUAACUGCCCUUUGAUUCUCCAUGCUCCGCAACUGACCAAAAAAUGGGACAAAAGUCAAAUUAUAGAUCAGUUUAUCACUGUCAUGGACAUCUUACCCACAAUUCUUGAACUUGCAAAAAUUCCCCAUCCAGGAACUAGUUUCCAGGGUCGUCAGGUGUACAAGCCAAAGGGUCUAUCAUGGAUACCAUUUCUAAAUAAAGAAUCUGAGAAAAUCUAUGACGAUACCAUCGUGACUGGUUGGGAGCUUUUUGGACAGCGUGCUAUUCGCCAAGGUCCGUACAAAGGUGUCUAUAUUCCUCCACCUUAUGGAACUGGAAAAUGGCUUCUAUAUAACAUUGAAAGUGAUCCUGGUGAAACUACAGACUUAUCAGAAGAUCUCCCCGAAAUUUUAGAAGAAAUAGUAGAUCAGUGGACUGUCUAUAAAGCUGAGACAGGUCUUAUUGAAAUAGAUGAUAGCAUUUUCCUUGAUCAUCGUUAUAAAAGAACAAUUAUUGAAGAUAGUUAG